AUGUUGUCCAAUAUAUUGGUGACUUUCGCUGGCGGCAGGUGCCAGAGCAUACGAAUACGGCAUGCAGAGUCGGUCUGCAAAUCUGCCGCUCCCGUCCUCGCUUUACCAGAACCAUCACUGGCGCAUCCACUACGACGACCGGCUUCAGAAGGACACGCAUUAAACGUCGAGUACGUGUAUGCCUUUACAUGGGAACAACUACUGAGUCUCGGCCUGAAAGACACGUUCGUUGCCAUCGGCUCGGCUGGAGACAACAUCCUCUCCUAUCUCGCCGAGAGUCCCGCCCGUCGUCGAUUUCAACCACAUCCAGAACACCUGGAGCUCAAGGCUGCCUCGUAUGCAUCGCUCGACGAUGGGGAUCUCUGGAGGCUCUUCGGCGACGGGAAGCACUCGUGUUUCCGCAAGCUGCUCGUAGAAAGGCUCUCCCCCCACCUGUCUUCACGUGUUGCGGUCCUUGGCGCUGCGCCUCUAGAGCGUCAGAGUCUUUGCGAGGCAUGGGUCCGCGGCCAAGUACCAGGGCGCGGGCUCGGCGGGGCGUGCAUCGACAAGGUCAACAUGUAUGCCAGCUGCUUGGUCUGA